AUGGGAGGCGAGAAGACAGAGCGAUACUCCAGCGACAAUGAGUCGACAGAGGCAUUGCUCCCCGAGGGGAAGACAAAGCCAAGCAUUCCUACCAGAAGGCAACUAAACUGGACCGUACCGCUCGUACUGAACGUCUUGUUCUUCAUCUCCUUCGGCAUGCUAGUCGCCUCCAUUCGACAGAAAACCUCCCUUCAAAGUGCGAUAGAAGCAACAUCAAUCUACACACCCGUCUUCGACGACACAGACAUCCACGUUACAACAACGCAGCUCAACGGCAGCCUGCAUCCGGGACCUCAGCCUGGACCAUGGUACGGUCUCCCCACCAACCCCAUCGCAGAAGCAGCCUGGAACGAAUUCGAACACAUCCGAACAAUCCCUCUCACCAAAGCCCAAGUCCUCGCCAUGGGCAAAGACCCCUCUCUCGUCGCCAAAUUCGAAGACUCCUUCUGGGGCAUGGGCGAAGAAACCUACGUCGGCGCCCUCGACUUCUUCCACCAAAUUCACUGUCUCAACAUGCUGCGCAAAGCAGCUUUCUCCGGCAACGCCGGACUCGCGGGGAGCAAAGCGCAGGAAGUCGUGCAUCUCCAGCAUUGUACGGAUAUGUUGAUGCAGCAUAUGCUUUGUACGGCGGAUGCGGGCAUGAUUACUUAUCAGUGGAGGGAGGGGAAUGAGUAUCCUUUUCCGGAUUUUAGUGUUCAGAGGGAGUGUAGAGAUUGGAGGCAGCUUGUUGAGUGGAGGGAUGGGCAUGCUGUGGAUUUGGAGAGGUAUAAGGAGUAUAGGAAGCCGGAGGGGGUUGAGGUGGUGCCUUGGGGGGAGGAGGAGGGGAAGUUCAUGAGGUGGAUUGAUGAGGUUGGGGAGAAGCACGAGCACUGA